AUGUCUGCCGAACCACAGGAGACCAAGGCCGCUCCGCCAGCCGGCGCGCAGCUCUUUGACAAUAUUGCCCAGUCGUACGAGCACUCGACCGGAGGCAGCACCCGCGCCAUUGCGCGCCAAAUUCUCGAGCUCGAGUCUCUCCGGAACCUUUUCGACGCGCCGCACGACGCCGUCGUCCUCGACAAUGCCUGCGGCACGGGCAUCGUGGCCGAGGAAAUCAUCAACCGUUGCCGUCGGCAGAGCUCCGGCGGGGUCGGCGGGGUCGGCGGGGUCGUGCCCGAGAUCCGCGCCGCCGACCCGGUCGAAAAGAUGGUCGCCGCGUGCGCCGCAAAAUUCUCCUCCCUCGGCGUGACUGACCGCUGCUCGGCGGCCGUCAUGCCGGGUGAGAGGCUCACGUUUGCCGACGGCACGUUUUCGCACAGCAUCACCAACAUGGGCCUCAUGUUCUACACAGACGCCGCGGUGGGUGCGCGCGAGCUGCACCGCACGCUCAGACCGGGCGGCGUCGCCGUCGUCACGACAUGGGCGCAGCUCGGUCAAGUCGACGAUAUUCUGUAUCCGGCGCAACAAAGGGCGCGGCCCGGCGCCGAGCUAAUUAAGAUGCCGAUCGAGCCGCGGUGGUUUGAUCCCGCGCAAGUCGAGGCGUGCUUGCGCAAUGACGGUGGGUUUGCAGACGUCAAGGUUGAGCUGCGCAAGGCGUACUAUGCAGCGCCCACUGCCGACGACCUCGGUGACCAGCUGCUGGAGCUGUUUGGCAUGUUCUCCAAGACAUGGACCGAGGAGGAAAAAGCAUCAUUCGGCCAGGCUGUGCGGUCCUUGACGCCGACUGUCACAGUGCCGUGUACACAGGUCGAUGGAAGUAGUGGAUACGGUGUACCGGUGACGGCGAUUGUGGUCAUUUGCACGAAGUAA